UCCGUCUUCGGGCCAGCCACCGAGUCCGUCCGGCGCCUGCUGCGGCUGGACGAGACCUCUGGCUGGCUCAGCGUCUUGCACCGCAUCGAUCGUGAGGAGGUGAACCAGCUUCGCUUCACCGUCAUGGCCCGAGAUCGGGGCCAGCCCCCCAAGACAGACAAGGCCACGGUCGUGCUGAACAUCCGCGACGAGAAUGACAACGUGCCCAUCAUCGACAUCCGCAAAAUUGGGCGCAUCCCACUGAGGGAUGGGGUGGCUAGUGUGGCCGAGGACGUGCUGGUGGAUACCCCCAUCGCCCUGGUGCAGGUCUCGGACCGGGACCAAGGCGAAAACGGUGUGGUGACUUGCACAGUGGUGGGCGACGUGCCCUUCCAGCUCAAGCCGGCCAGCGAGGGUGAAGGGGAGUCGCAGAACAAGCGCAAGUAUUUCCUCCACACCUCGGCCCCUCUGGACUACGAGGCUGUCCGUGACUACAACGUGGUGAUCGUGGCUGUGGACUCGGGCAGCCCCAGCUUGUCCAGCAACAACUCCUUGCUGGUGCGGGUCGGGGACACCAACGACAACCCCCCAGUGUUCAGCCAGACUGUGCUGGAGGUCUCCUUCCCAGAGAACAACUUGCCCGGCGAGAGGGUGGCCACAGUGGUCGCCACGGAUGCGGAGAGUGCCGAGAUCACCUACUCCCUGGAGGCCUCACCCCUCUCUUUGGAGGCAUCAGGCGGCAUCUUCAGCAUUGACCCCGACUCCGGCGACGUGUCGGUUCAGGCCGUGCUAGACCGAGAGCAGCAGGACACCUACGAGUUCCAGGUGAUGGCCCGGGACAAGGGGGUGCCAUCACUGCAGGGCUCCACCACGGUGGUGGUGCGGGUGGUGGAUCGCAAUGACAACGAGCCGCGCUUCAUGCAGGACGUGUUCACUUUCUAUGUGAAGGAGAACCUGCAGCCCAACAGCCCUGUGGGCAUGGUGACCGUGAUGGACUUUGACAAGGGCCGCAACGCCGAGCUCAGCCUUUCCAUCCAGCCCGGUGACCACGACCAGGCAGCUGGCACCUUCUCCAUCGAAAAUGACACCGGAACCAUUUUCUCCACCGUCUCUUUUGACCGGGAACAGCAAACCAGCUACACUUUUAAAGUGAAAGCGGUGGACGGUGGUGAGCCACCGCGCUCUGCCACUGCCACCGUGUCCCUCUUUGUGAUGGACGAGAAUGACAAUGCGCCCACGGUCACUUUCCCCAGCAACAGCUCCUACACCGUGCUGCCGCCCUCCAGCAACAUGCGCACCGUGGUGGCCACUGUGGUCGCCAGUGACGCCGACACCGGCCUCAACGCCGACCUUAACUACAGCAUCAUUGGGGGCAAUCCCUUCAAACUCUUCGAGAUCGACCCGGCCAGCGGCGUGGUGUCUCUGGUGGGCAAGCUGGCCCCCAAGCACUACGGCCUACACCGGCUCGUGGUGCAGGUGAACGACAGCGGACAGCCGCCCCAGUCCACCACCGCCUUGCUCCAUGUCUUCGUCAAUGAGAGCCUGUCCAAUGCCACCAUGGUGGAGAGUCAGGUGGCCCGCAGCCUCCACACGCCCCUGGCCCAGGACAUCGCUGGAGACCCCAGCUACGAGCUGAGUAAGCAGCGGCUCAGCAUAGUCAUCGGCGUGGUAGCUGGCAUCAUGACCGUCAUCCUCCUCAUCCUGGUGGUGGUCAUGGCCCGCUACUGCAGCUCCAAGGGCAAGCACGGCUACGAGGCUGGCAAGAAGGACCAUGAGGAUUUCUUCACCCCGCAGCAGCACGACAAGGCCAAGAAGCCCAAGAAGGACAAGAAAGGCAAGAAGGGCAAGCAGCCCCUCUACAGCAGCAUUGUCACUGUCGAGGCUUCCAAGCCCAACGGGCAGCGCUAUGACAGCGUCAACGAGAAGCUCUCGGACAGCCCUGGCAUGGGGCGAUACCGCUCGGUCAACGGCGGCCCAGGCAGCCCUGACCUGGCCAGGCACUACAAAUCCAGCUCGCCGCUGCCCACCGUCCAGCUGCACCCGCAGUCCCCCACGCUUGGAAAAUAGCAUCAAGCAGUUGAUAUUGUGCCACCUGGGAAAUUAUUUAUUGGAAGUGGUACAAACUUUUCAGUGGGCAAGGAUCACUGUCACAUUAAAACUUGCUGACAUUCAGAAUCUUUUCUCUUGCAGCCAUUUCGUAGAGUGACGUUUUCUGUUGUGAGUCAGCCUCAGGACCCGCAUCAAGGGUCAUUGCAGAGUUGCUAUGACAGCGGUCUGGAGGAGUCAGAAACACCAAGCAGUAAGAGUUCAUCAGGGCCAAGACUGGGUGCCCUUCCACUCCCAGAGGACAACUACGAAAGGACUACGCCGGAUGGCAGUGUUGGUGAGGCAGAGCAUAUGGAAAAUGAUUCAAGGCCUCUACCAGAUGUAGCCCUGACAGGGAAGUGUACCCGAGAGUGUGAUGAAUAUGGCCACUCGGACUCCUGCUGGAUGCCAGUUCGCACUUCUCCUGAAAGAAAGCAGAAGAGCCAGCCAAAACUCUCCACUUUCAUGCCUGUCGAUGAACGGGGCAGUCAGGAAAAGCUGGCCAAUGGAGAAGCCUCCCUCAUGGGUGAUCGCAACAGAAACCUCCUUAACAAAAAGUUGACCUCAUCCUAUGAGACCUUCAACGCGGCUAGUUUCAGCAAAAAUGAAGAAGGCAAUCCAGAGGAUAUCCCCCUUACACAGACAGGGGAAUACAAGCCAUCUCCUGUCAAUACUCUAACUAGAAGGGAAGUUUACCUGUAG